AUAAGAAAAAACUUUAUUAUUAUUAUUGUGUAAAUAUGUUGUCAACAUUUCAUUUAAUUGCGAUUUUCGGAACUGUUUUAUUAAGUUUUGAUUACACUUUUGGUCAGUUGCAUUGUCCGCCUGAGGGUAUCUAUGCUUACGAACACCCGAAAGCUUGUGAUCAAUACUUUUUGUGUACUAAUGGUUCGCUAACCCAUGAAUUUUGUCCAAACGGGUUGGCGCACGCCAUCGAUGGUGCCGUCUAUGGCUUCUGUACUUAUAAUUGGAAAGUCGACUGCAAAGACAAACUGCUUCCUGAUCCCAUAUCAUCACAUGGAUGUCCUUGGCAAUUUGGCACAUUUAGCGAAGGAGAUCCUAAUCUUUGUAAUCCUCACUUUUCAGAGUGUGUUUGGGGCGUCCCUGAGCGCAAAGAUUGCCAAAAGGGACUCUUCUAUGACGACCGUAUUAAAGGUUGCAAUUGGCCGGAGAAAGUUGGUUGCAGUAGUGAUAGAGAGUUAGGAUUUUCGUGUCCUCACGAAGACAAACAAAACAAAUACUAUCCGUACCCAAGAUAUUUCCACAGCGAUCACUCUAUCAUCACAUGUGUUGAUAAUCAGCCACGACUUGUCAACUGUGGUGAGGAAGAGUUGGUCGACGCCAACUCACUGACCUGUCAGCCCAUCUAUAAAGAGGAAAAGUUAGAAACCAGACCAUUGCUGUCGAGACCUGUUUUGGCUCCGAUUCGCCACCGAUUUAAUUAAUUUUCACAACUAGUGAUGCAAUUCAUCCAAUUAUUAUUGCGAUUGUUUUAUCUAAUUGUCUAACAUCUU